CUGCGAUGUUGGUUUGGUUUAGGCGGCAGGCGGGUGCCAGCAAGCAGAACGGCUGCUAAAUGCCGCAAGAGUAAUCCCCCAUCUCACUCGCUCCGGUACAAACGUGGCACCUCUCGCUCGCGCCGGCGCGAACACGUGUUUAUUUGUAUGUUUUAUCCUUCGGCGGCUUUAAACCCAACCCACCCCGACCGCAAAGUGCGCUCCGCCGCCCGCCGCGCCCGCGCUGUUGCCGCCUCUCGCUCGCCGCCACCGCUGCUCACCCGCGAAACUUUGUCCGAAGUCGACGGGCGCGGACGUACGGACGUACGGCGCGUAUUAAUAGCCACCGCAACCGACCCUGCCGGCAUUGGAACUAGUGAAAAGUUUUUUCGCCACGCGCGGGGGAGAACCCCCUGUUCCGGAAAAAAUCGCCCCCUCGCGUCCCUCGCGUCCCUCGCCCACCCACCGACGAACCUUUCAUUCACCGGGAAAAAAGUGUGGCAAGGCCGUGUGACGUCACCGUAUCUAGUGGCCACGCGCUCGUUCCCUAGCAACGAGUCGCAUCUCACAGGUUCCGUAAGGUGCAGGAUCGCGGGUGUUGAGAAAUGUCGUCGAUCGACGGUGACUCCUUCCAGUGGAUGUGACAAGUGUGGAGUGGAAAGUGCGAUGUAG